GUUACACUAGUUUGAAAUAAUGGAAGGUUCUGUGGAAACAGUCUAUUGUCCUCAAAUUUCUUUUUUGGUAAUAUUGAGCAACGAUUGAACUACAAAUACGUCGAGAAAACAUGUUCAGAUGUUACGGACUACUAUCGGGUGGAUGACAGGCACCUCGAGGAUGGAUUCCAGCAAGAGAUCAGGAGCGGUUAGUAGUACUGUUGCACAGUCUGAGAGUUCAGACUCUAUAGAGGUAGACAAUUCUCGUACAGUCCUGCUAAAGAUAGCAACACUGUAUGCGGAGCGUCUUAUGAAUGAUAUUUGUCUUGUUGUGGAUGGCGUAGAAUAUCCAGCACAUAGACUAAUACUCUGUGCUUCUAGUGAUGUUUUCCAAGUAAUGCUAAUGAGUCCACAAUGGAGCGAGUCUCAGGAAAGCAGGGUAACUCUCCAAGAAACGCCACAGUGUGCACCAAUAUUCAGUGAAUUUUUGCGUUAUUUUUACACUGGUCAGAUAAGAAUAAAUCAUAGUGUUGUUCUACCUAUAUUAUCCCUAGCCGAUAAGUACAACGUCAAAGAUUUGAUAUCGUUGUGCCUUGACUAUAUGCGGAAUCAUGUCGCAUUGGCUGCUAUACAUGGCACAUUAGUAUCGUGGCUGCAAUACACGUUGAAUUGUGGGCAUCACGAUAUUAGUCAAGCGUGCCAAAAUUUCAUCAAGUGGAAUUUGGAGCUUGUGACCAAGACUGCAGACUUUGGGAAUUUUGAUUUGGAUAUUCUAGUGUCCUUGUUACAUCAAAGUAGUUUAGUUGUGAAAGAUGAAAUGACGCUUUACAAGUGCCUAGAACAUUGGCUGAAUUAUCAAGCAAAUCGUUUGAGAGCACAGCUAUCGCCAGAAGAGGUGGAAGCAACAUUGUAUCAAUUGGUGAUAGCUGUGAUGUCGCCUGUUAGAUUUCCAAUGAUGUCACCGCGACAAUUGGCAGAUUUGCUACUGUCACCAUUAACAAAAAAGUAUAAGGAAUUCUUUGUGGAACGUAUGUCUAUUGGGAUGUCUUUUCAUUCGGGACAAAUCAACAGAGUAAAAGAAGUCAGCAUGAGUGAAGAGGAUGGCGCAUUAUUGUUUGAGCCGAGAUUGUAUACUGUUGACACCUGUAGCUCAUUACUGACCAUAGAAAACUUUCACAGUUUGCCGUCUUAUCACAUGAGGACACUUGUAUUUUCUAGUCACUCCAGUUUAGCGGAGUAUGCAGGCGAUAGAGUGUGCGAAUGGGUAGUAGAUAUCUAUCCUAAGGGUGUGUGGUUCAAGAAAUUUUUCCUUAUAGUAUGGCAGGGUACAGUGGAGAUGCCCGAACAUGUCAAGCGAUCAGUGAGAUUGUCGUUGACUUGUAAGGAGCCAUUAAAUAGUAACAUGCGCGUGAAAAUCGGAGUUUUGAUUUAUGGCUUACAAGAUGGUGUUGAGCACAUUGCAAGAGUUACCGAGAUUAUUCAUAGAUUCAGUAAGAAGGAUCGUGUCCUGAAUUUAGAUGAUCUUUUGCCGUUUGAGGAACUUAAUCCACAACAGGGCUCAGUAUCGGAAAAUGUUGUAUCUCCUUUUUUAGUGGGCCCUAAUAAAGACAUGCUCAAAUUACAUAUUGUUAUAUCGCCAGCGAAUUAACAUUUACAAAGAAAAUCUGCGAUACGAAAGUUUCAUAGAAUGUCGAAAAAUAAAA